GCAUUAUGGUUUUUGCUUUUGCUCAUUCUUUACAUAUAUUGUUAAGACCUUCUAGCAAAUAUUCUUAUGAUCAACCGAAUAAUACUGACGAUAUUAAUAAUCCUUGGAAUCUUGUUUCAACAUAUAAAUUUAUUUCAUCUAAUAAUACUUUUGGAAAUUCUUCACUUAUUCAAAUUCCUAAUGAUAAUACAAAUCUAUUUACAUGGUUUAGCACUUCUCUUUUAGCA